UAUUUGUGAAUGUGCUGGGCUGCACUGAGUACCUGAACAAGGUUAGACAGAGAACAUGCAGAACACUGCAGCCUGCUGGUUUGCUGUGAUUGUCAUUCUCUGUGGUUCUUCUGCCGAUACAGGAUAUUAAGGACUUUCAUCCUAUUUUGGGAUUCAAGUGCAAAUCUGUAUUCCUGGAGAGAAAGACUUCUUAGUCAUCUCCUCACUAGCGCAGUGCACUCUUGGCUAGUUGGCAGCAAUGAAAAAUGUGCCAAAGGACAAUAUGAGAUGCCAGGACAGAAGAGAAGAGGAAUAAAUCUUUAGUGCAAUGGUGUUAUGAUCCACAGCCUAGAUGGAAAAUUGUUGUUUUUGACCAGUUCCACAGUACUUAUUUGGAGAUUGAAGACAGCCUCAUAUUAUUUUGGAAAAAUACUAUCAAUCUGCAGCGGACUGAAAAAGUUUUUUCUUCCUCCCCUCCAGUCUCCUCUGCAUCCAGACUCCUGCGGAAGGGACCAACAGAUUCCCACUCCCGCCUGGCCUACAAGCACUCUGCAUGUUACGCAUAUUUCUCAAAUAGGCCUAUGUUGAAUGAUAUCAUACAGGAGCUACACCAAUACAUGAGGAUCAUGUGAAUACUGUAAAACAAUUUAAAGGAUAUAAAAGAAGUGCGCGCUCUCGGCGAAGCGCAGCAUCAGCACCAGCAUCCGAUGCGCGUCCCCGCUCCGGUAGAGGCUGCCCGAGAUCCCGGGAAGAGGAGUUGGAGCUGCGCGAGUUAAAGUUGGGCUAAAGGGGGGUGAGAGGAUGCUGCAGAACAAUCUACGAUCUAAUUAACAUAGCCUAUGCGGAGAAACGUGUUCUAAGUGAAGGAUGACUUGCAAAAUACUGAGCAUAUGCCUCUUAUUUUUGGGUUUUCAACAUUGCUCAUCACGAGAAUGUGUUGAUCCGCUUGUCUCUGGGCUGUAUGCCUCCUCCUUCCUGGCUUCCUCCAGAUAUAACUUUCUUUAUUCUGCCAAUUUUGCCAAAUUGUAUGGCAGCAGUGGUUGGUCCCCAUCCCCCAGGGACAGACAGCCAUGGCUUCAGGUAGACCUGGGCAGGAAGUAUCGACUGUUGGCCAUCGCUACCCAGGGGACCUUCAACUCAUAUGACUGGGUCUCAAAGUACACCCUUCUCUAUGGAGACCGACCAGACUCCUGGACGCCAUACAUCAUGAAAGGAGGAAACUCUACGCUGCCUGGGAACUGGAAUUAUUAUCAGGUGAAGAGGAAUGUCUUCCAUUACGCCUUUACUGCUAAACACAUUCGUCUGCUGCCUCUGGCAUGGAACACAGAGAACGGAGGGAAGAUUGGUGUGAGGCUGGAGCUGUUUGGCUGCUCUUAUGAUUCCUAUGUGCUACAGUACGACGGGGAUGACUCGGUAGUCUACAUGUACCCUGGGAAGAGGUCCCGUACACUACAUGACCAUAUUGCCAUCAACUUCAAGACUCUAUAUGAGGAUGGUCUGCUGUUACACAGUGAGGGGAUUCAAGGAGACCUCCUCACCCUGGAGCUCAAGAGAGGUCGUCUUUACCUGCACAUCAGCCUAGGAAGCAGUGUAAUACACAAAGUCGAUGGUCGAGUUACACUGACUGCUGGCAGCCUUCUUGAUAAUCUACACUGGCACUAUGUCACCAUCAAGCGCUAUGGUCGACAGGUGAACUUUACAGUGGACAGUCAGACAGUUACAGGCAUCUGUAAUGGAGAGUUUACACACCUGGAUCUGGAUACACAGUUAUAUGUAGGAGGUGUCAUAGAGCAAAAUUUGCCUCACCUGCCCACCACACAAAAUUUCCAAGGCUGCCUGGAAAACGUCUUCAUCAAUGGCAUCAACAUCAUUGACAAGGCACAGAGAGAAGAACCUGACAUCCGCAUCCCGCGAAAGGAUCCCAGCAUUCCAAAAAAGAUGCAUUUUGCCUGCAGGGACAAUCUGCUCAAACCGAUGACUUUUGCUGGGCCCAACAACUACCUGCAGGUACCAGGCUUCUUUAGGAGGCCUCGUAUGUUCGUCAAGUUUAAGUUCCGCUCAUGGGACUACACAGGGCUGCUAAUGUUCACACGAUUUGCUGAUGACCUGGGUGCCCUGGAGCUGGGCCUAAGUGAGGGCCAGAUCAACGUCACUAUAUUCCAGCCUGGCAAGAAGAAACUCCAGUUUGCUGCAGGAUACAGGCUAAAUGAUGGUUACUGGCAUACAGUGGAUUUGGCAGCCAGAGACAACCUGCUGACCCUUACAAUUGAUGAGGAGAAGGCCUCUCCGCUAAAGAUCACCAACCCUUUUACAAUUCGGACAGGAGACCGUUACUUUUUUGGAGGUUGUCCAAAAACCAAUAACACAAUAAGGAAGUGUGAAACCAAGCUGAACCGCUUCCAUGGUUGCAUGCAACAUAUUUUCAUAGACGAUGAACAGCUGGAUAUUGACAUUAUUCUGCAACGACAGUGGGGGCGUUAUGCUGAGCUGUUGUUGGGCACAUGUGGCAUCACUGACAGAUGUACUCCAAAUCCAUGUGAACAUGAAGGCAGAUGCAUCCAGUCCUUGGAUGACUUUAUCUGUCUGUGUGAGAACACAGGCUAUAAAGGAGAAGUGUGUCACAUGUCUGUUUAUAAAGAGUCGUGCGAGGCCUACAGACUCAGUGGCAAGUACUGGUCUGGAAACUAUACCAUUGAUCCGGAUCUAAGUGGACCACUGAAACCAUUUGAAGUGUACUGCAAAAUGAAGUCAUAUAAAGCUUGGACAGUGAUUUUGCAUGAUCGAGUUGAUGGUACCAAGGUGACUGGGAGUUCAAUAGACCGGCCAUAUAUAGGAGAUGUCAACUACUGGAAUGCCUCCUGGGAUGACGUCACUGCUCUAGCCAACACUUCCAUGUACUGUGAACAGUGGAUUGACUACUCCUGCUACAAGUCCCGUCUCCUCAACACCCCCAAUGGAAGGCCUUUUGGUUACUGGAUUGGUCGUGGCAAUGUGAGUCACUAUUACUGGGGUGGAACAUUCAGAGAGGUCCAGAUGUGUGGCUGCGCUAUCAACCAAACCUGCACCGAUCCCAAGUUUCAAUGCAACUGUGAUGCUGACUAUAGACAAUGGUACUCAGAUAAGGGCUACUUGGACUUUAGAGACCAUCUGCCUGUGAGGAAGGUGGUAGUCGGGGACACCAACAGGACAGGCUCAGAAGCACACUUCACUGUUGGGCCACUCCGCUGCCAUGGCGACAGAAACAUCUGGAACACCAUAGCCUUCACCAAGCCCACAUAUAUAACCUUCCCCACCUUCAAGCCUGGCUCUACAGCUGACAUCUCCUUCCACUUCAAAACCUAUCGUGACCAUGGUGUCUUCUUGGAGAACUCUGAUGAACAGCUUCGAAAUUUCAUAAGGAUAGAGAUGAAUACCACCCAUGACUUGCUGUUUAUAUUUAUGGUUGGUGAUGGCAUCAUUAAUGUGACACUACACUCCCCUGUGCCACUAAAUGACAAUGAGUGGCACUUUGUUCAGGCCGAGAUUAAUGUGAAACUGGCCCGGAUCAAAGUUGAUUAUCAGCCUUGGGCUGUUAGGCGUUUCCCAGGUCAGACCUUUGUCACCAUGAAGUUUACACAUCCUCUCCUAGUAGGUUCAGCCAACCGCACCCUAAGACCUUUCUUGGGGUGUCUUCGAGGCUUACGGAUGAACGGGGUUCCUCUUGAUCUAGAGGGGAAAGUAAAUGAAGAACAGGGUAUAAGAAGGAACUGUACAGGACAGUGUCUCAAUGCUACCAUACCAUGCCGAAACAGUGGCCAGUGUAUUGAGGGCUAUGCUUCCUACACUUGUGACUGUAACAACACAGCGUUUGAUGGCUUCUACUGCCAUAAAGACAUCGGCGCCUACUUUGAGAUUGGCUCGUGGCUGAGAUACAACAUACGAAAAAAGCCUGUAUCAGACGAAGCAGCAUGGGCCAACUGGAUCGAUCCGCACUAUGACAACUUCAGUCUCGGCUACAAUGACACAGCAGAUGACAUAGAGUUCAGUUUCAGCACCGUUCAUACACCAGCUGUGUUGCUCUACAUCAGCUCCUUUGUCCAAGACUACAUUGCUGUCAUCCUCAAGACUGACGGUAGUGUAGAUCUGAGGUAUAAGCUGGGGCUCAUAACACACAAGUACCAGCUGACUCACCGAAACCUGGCAGAUGGUUACCCCCACUAUGUCAACAUAACCAGACACAACAGAACCAUCAAAACACAGGUGGAUUACAUGGAACCCAUAGUGGAAAAGAUAACCUUGGUGGAAGAUGCCAGAUUUGACUCUCCAAAGUCCAUGUUCCUGGGCAGAGUGAUGGAGGUUGGUGACAUUGACUAUGACAUCCAGAGGCAUAAUGCUCCAGGUUUCAUAGGCUGCAUAUCUGGGGUGAGAUACAACGUUUACGCCCCUUUAAAAGCCUUCUUCCGUCCGAAUGAAACAGACCCUCCGGUAACCACACAAGGCUACGUUUCGGAGUCCAACUGUGGUGCUUUCCCUCCUGUCCUGGGUUAUGUACCAUGGGAGGCAGACCCGUGGUUUACCAGCAUAGAGUAUUUUUAUAUCCAUGAUGACCUUGGUCUAUUUUGGAUAACAGUUAUUGUCAUCCUGGCAUUGCUGCUGCUCUUCGGAGGCCUGUACAGCAUCUAUGUCUAUGCGUAUCAGCAGAAGGGCAGCUACCGCACGAAUGAACCCAAGAACCUGGAGUCCCCCAGCAGCUCCAGGCCACUUACCGAGACCCUGAGGAGAGAAAAAAAGAACCUCCCAGAAAUUGAAGAGGAGUUCAGGAGCGAUUAGCAUCACAGGACCUUUGGGACAAAGGGUGGGGUUUGACUGGAGGUUGGGAGAGGAAAAUACAACCACAGAUACCUGUAUUAAGUUUUCUAAUUCUUUUGUUCUCUUUUUUCAUAUUUUGGUUUGUGUUCGUUUCCCCGGUUGAGUGGGAUCUGAUGCCUGGUGCUCUACAUAGUACGUAUUUUGGUAAGGCUUAAAAGUUCACAUCAAGCCCAUGUUGCGUGAGUAGCCAACAAGUCUCACACUGUAUUGCAGGGUGAAAUACUGAAGUGCCUCAUCUGAGCAUGCUUGAUCUGAAGUAACCAUAAUAGUUUAUUCAGACAGGAUUUAGAUUAGACACUUGGAACAGGAUUUAAAGGGAUAUUUAAUUACAGUUGAAAUAUCAAUUUUAAGCAUUCAGACUUUUACUAAUUUAUUUUCUUUCUGAGCCAUUUUUGAGACAGAUUAAAGCUACCAAUAUCUUACUAUAUAGAUAUAUUGCCAUCUAAAAAUAAUCCUUUUUGAUGACAAUCUCUCAUGGAGCUAUUUUUGACAUAAUAGCUCAUAAUCCAUCUUGGGUUUGAGCCGUGAGCACAUCUGAGAACCAUGAACUAAACCAGUGCAACAAAAAUCCAAAUGACUGAAACAGAACUGGUGUUCAUGAAUAAAAACAACCAAUCGAAGAGAAGACAUACUGACAAGCAUGGAGCUUUGAGAUGAUAAAUAUAAAGAUUGUAAAAGGUAUAUACGCUUAUAUUUGUUGUAUUGCAGCCUAUACCAGUGCAUUACCUAUACAGAAUGGCACAUGUAAGUGGUUCAGAAUUGCCAUAGUGUCAGUAGAUAGCAGCUUUGCCAAUCACAGUAUGCUCAGAUUCCUAACACAUUCUCAACUAUGGGGGAAAUGAGAGUGUGAUGAUAUGUACCUUUAAGUGUGAAAGCUAACAGUCUGUUGGUGUACUGCAGAUUCAAAACAAAAGUUGAGGUGAUGAAGCUCGCCAGGGACAGGGUGACCUAGAUAUCCAAGUUCUCAUUCCUUCUGUCUUACUUCUGGUUGCUUAUAUUAUGGUCAAGCUGCCAAUAGCUUGGUGCUACAGAGUAUUUGACUUGGGGGACAUUUCUAACAGCAGUAUUACAAAAGAAGAAUAAAAGAAGUCUUCACAAUCCUUUCACCACCGAUAAUAAACACUGUUCAGGAAGCAGCUGCUCUCUAUGGCCAUGUGGAGAAGCAUACAUAUAAACACAGUAUACACACACAAUAACAUAUGUACAGAGGACCACAAGAGUGUAAAUGCUAAUAUUUUACUUCUAACUCAUACUGCUUGAAUAUUUUUGCAUAAUGCUGUAGGACAGUAGCUGACCACACUCAUCACUGCUGCUGCUUGUUUAGCUGCUUUCAGUGGAAAGUUUGAAAAUUCUAUCUAUAGUCUGAUGAAAUUUCCUCCUGUCUUAAGACGAAAUUUCAUUUGAUAUGUGUGCGACCAAGGCUUAGGGCUACCAUCACUCACUGCAGCUCUCCUUGAUACUAAAGCACUAUUGUGUAUGUGAAAAAAAUGGGAAAUUUGCAACAUAUUAGCUAUGCAUUUGUAGAGCAUGAGCGCACUUUGCAGUAACAUGCAAUAAUAUGAGCUUCUUUCAGCCACCAAUGAUGUUAAUGUCUCAGUUUACUUUGCAGAUGCACAAUAGCAAGUAGGAUGUAAUGAGUGUAUACGUGAAUAUACGAAUAAUGUGUUAAGCGACUUUUUUCCCCUAUGGUUUAUAAAAAACAAGUUAGAAACAGUUAAAUGGAGUACUUUGAAUGUAAAUCCUCUGACUCUGUAAUGUAUGAGCGGACACUACAGUGAAGACUUGCUCUGAUGUUUUCAUUGUAGGCUGCUUUAGCACUGAAAGUAAAAUUACUCAUGGUAGCUUUUAAGAAUGCUCAGGAUAAAGAUAGUACAGUACUUGUUCUCUGUAGCACUAAUACACCUCCAAAACUCAACAUUGUUGGUUUCUUCCAUUACAGAUGGGCAAAACUGUGCGAAAUUGUACAGUGAAAGAAUGUACAGUAGAUGUAAAAAUUGCAAUUACUGUAAAGGGUCGACUUGCUAAUAAUGUAUGAAAAUGUACAGAUUUGGCCAAAACUGGCAUUUACAGGCUAUAUUUUUAGGAAUGCUGUGAUCAGAUGAAUGAUAAUGAAAAGUGAGCAGAGUGAAACUGUGAGUUUGUGAUUGACACAAAGAAAGUUUGUCUUUUUGUUAAAUGGACAAUCACCACUCAAAGUUCAUAUUAGGCCCAAGCAACUAAACUUGGGUUAAAUAUGCUUUGUUGCCUAUUAGGAAAGAGUCGACUUAUGUAUAUUAUAAAUGUAUACACCUCACUGUAUUCAUUGGUAAAUGGACUAUAAACACCUAGCAGUGUCACUUCAUUGCCACUCACUAGUUAAUCAUGCGUGGUCCCUGGAGCGUGUGUAUGUGUGACUGACUGGAUGUUUAGAUGUUUGUGUAUUCAUAGUUUGCCCACCAAGAUAGAACCUACUGACGUUAAAUAAUGACUUUCAUUAAAAAACAAAAGUGCACUGAUGCCAACUAUCCAACUCACUUAUUGUAGUGCACCAACAGUAGUACAGUGAGACAGAAACAAGGCCUGGAUGUAGCUCAGAGUGGCUCCUCCGUGUUCAGUUAUCAGGUGUCUGUAAAGGAGAUUACAAGUACUAUUCCUGAAGUGUCCAUCCAGCAUCCUAAUAAUGCAUCCUAAUAAUGCAGGGAAGGGUGUGAAUAGGGAUUAAGAUAAAAUUGCCAGUAGAGGGAGUAGGUCAGCAGGAUGUUGUUGGCUGGGACAGGGUAUCUGCUAAUUUUACAAAAGGUGUUAAUCUAAGAUUAAUUUAAGAAAUAAAGUAAAAAUGAAAACAUAUUUAAGGGGGCAUAAACUUAAAUUGUGGUUAGUAAAAAGUCAUGAUUUGCAGACAUUGAAUUUUAUAAACACUGAUUUUAAAGCUUUUAAUUCCAUUAAAGGCCCUAAGACUAUUUCAUACUUUAUAUAAAAAUGCAGAUGCCCUGUCAACAGUGAUAUCAUGUAUGAAAUCAGUUGAUAAAGCACCAGAGUGAGGAGUUGGCAGAUUGGACCAGGUUGGACUUCUUUGCACCUUCAAACUGAAUCCUUCUGCAACAGGUACCAGAAAUGAUCAUUACAGUUGUGUUUGUGAUCACACUGAAAUUUAAGAUUUUUUCUGUUCUUCUGUACGCUCGAUUUUGUUUCGUAAUACUUUCACUGUAAAUGACCAUUACUGUGUAAAUCAAGGCAAAGCCAAACUGUCACCUCAAUAAAAGAAGCUUGAAGGAAAUUCAAGCUACAUUA